AUGACUAGUUAAACACAGAUUAUUAAAUUAGCAAUAUAGAGGUUCACCAAAAAAACAAAUUUUUGGAUGAUAAUAUAUCAAAAAUUUGAACAUGAGAGUAAUUAUGUCAACAAACUGACCAAAGAAAUAUUUUGAAAGUAUAAAAGUUUAUAUACAAUAUAAAAAGCUUGGAGAAAAAAACAAAAAAGAUAAUUAUGUGUAAAUAAAAAACUGGGAAAGGAAUUAGAAAAGGGUAAUUAUAUUCAAAUUCUAAGUGAAUAAAUCGAUAAAAGAAAAACAGAAUUUUAAAGAUAAAGAGAAACGGAUUUAUAAAUUAUUGAUUAAAGUAAAGGGAGAUGAGGGGAAAAGUAUUUUUUUUAUAUUUAGUGUUUCUUAGAGGAUUAUAUUGACUAGUGAAUUAAAAAAUAGAAUGUAGUAAAAUUUCAUAACACAAUAAGACAAGCAGAAACUGAAAUUAGAGAUUAAUUAGAGGAUCAAAAAAAUGGAAAAUGAUUGA